AUGUCUCCAUCCACACGACUUUCAAAGCCAAUUGACUACCUCCUCGUUGACGAUCAUAACAAGCGUCGGGAAGUGAGGACCGUCCUUGUAAAUGCGAACAUAUUGGACCCAAAGCCCAUGGGUAGCUCCAAAAACAGCUACGCUCCCCUCGGUGCGACCUUGGAGCUUUUGACGGAACUGGUGCAGGAGGACAUGUUGAAGAAGUGGUUGAUCAACUUCGAUCCUGACGACAUCCUGUUCUACGAACCCACAGAUCCUAUCCCUACGAGAACAGUGAGAACCCGUUCUAUGGAUGAAUAUCGGGCGAUGAUGAACGAUGGCAGUCUGUGUCAGAAGCAAGACGAGAUUCGCGAAUAUAUCAAGGCGCCUGGCGGCGGUGGGCGGGUGGUAAGCUUCCUGGUCCAGGUGGGUCGGAUCUUGGAAGGCCCCAUCUCCAGUCAACAUGGGUCUACGGAGAGCAAGAGAUCCACUGGUCUGCCUGGCGAAGAGCCAUGGUAUUGGAACCGGUUGGUACGGCUCGAAGAAGCAGUGAAAAGAUCCGGACCCCCUUCCAAAAAUGCCAAGGCCAGUAGCUAUGUCAAGUAUCAGAGAGGGUUUGCUCGGGUCAUCGACGGGCGAAGCAGCAUCGCGGGCUUGGACAACAGGGCCCCCUCGAUUGAGCUUUACCACCCUGUCUUUGCAUAA